AUGUUGACAAAUUUAACAGCUUUCACCUUUAAAUUUGCACAGCUGUUUUCCCAUUGCUCCCCAGAAAAGCAUAGUUGUUUGACUGUUAUUCCCUCUGGUUUUCAUGUGGUUACUGAAUCUUAUGUAUUAUACUUCAAAGUGAUAGGGAGUAUAGAUGUGGUAGCAACAGUAGCUGAUUUUGUACUUUUACUACAAGUCAACAUAACAAAUAUGUAUUUAGUCUACUUUGUGUAUGUUAUGACAACACAAAAUUCUGGAACUCUUUGCAUACCAUAUGGGUACUUCAUACAUACCAUUUUCUCUUAUUCAGUAGUGUUCUUUAAUCUUAUCAGGAAUGUUGAGUUUCUUUUGGAAUGUCACAUAUUUAAUCAAGGUCCGACGCCGCAGCAGUUCCUGUUCCUGGAGACGAUCCAGGAGGAGACGUCCGACGACCUCCGCAGCGAGUCCAGCCGCUCCUCGCACGCCGGCUGGCCCGAGAGCGACUCCGACGCCGGCUCCGUCAUCCACAUCGCCGCCACCUACCAUGGCGAUCAAGACCUCAACGCGGCCAACGGCCCGUCGUCGUGGUCCGGGUCGGAGCGCGACCUGGCCGUGCCCCCCAAGCGGCGACGCCAGGACGACUGGGGCCCGCCGGGCCAGACCGUCGCCCUGUCCAGGUCGUCAUCGCUCAUCGCCUUCGAGAGCCUGGAGCGCCGGCUGUCCGAGGAGGAGGAGGCCCUGGGCGCCGGCGGCCUCGGCGCCUUCCGCACCACCGCCACGCUGCGCCCCUUCGACUGGGCCGACUCCAGGUCGCCGUCGGCCUCCGCCAGCGACUCGUCGGACGACGAGAGCGAGGACAGCGACGACUCGCUGAUGCAGAGCUUCAACUCGUCCCGCGGCAGCUUCAGGUCGAGCGCGGGCUCGGAGCGGCUGCGCGCCUUCCGCUCGCUGGACAGCCUGUCCGCCCUGGGCACGCUGAGCGGCGGCAGCGCGAACAGCGGCGCGGCGCACCUCAGCCGGCCGUGCCAGGACCUUUCGCUGUCCUCGGCGGCCGAUGAGGACGGCGCGCCCGCCGCGGACGGCGACGCCUACCCGGCGGCUACCGGGCGCAAGGAGCGCAGCCACAGCCUCAGCCCCAAGGCGUCGCUGCGCAGCCUGCUGGACGCCACCUACUCCCUCAGCGACCACGAGGACGCCCCCGCCGACCACGACCACUUGGACAGCACCUACUCGCUGGGCGAGCGCGGCCGCCUGGACGCGACGUUCGGUCUGAGCGACCACGGCGACCUGGACGCCACGUACUGCUUGAGCGACCACGGUCAUCUCGACCACACCGCGGGCAUGACAAGAGGCGACUUCCUGGACGAGCCCGACCUGGAGGACAGCGCCUCGAGCCACCCGAGCAGCAGCAGCAGCAGCAGCAGCAGCAGCAGCAGCAGUGGGAGCUGCACGGAGCACGAGGACGUCCUGGCCAAGCCGGCGAGCACCGCGUCUGAAACGACAUCCGGGUCCACGAGGACCGUGCGCUCCGCGGAGAACCUCAGCGAGGACAGCGGGUUCGGCGAGCACGCCUCGUACCUGGCCACCCCCACGGGCAAGCGCCUCACCGUGUGCCCCAUCCUGGAGGACGACACCGUGGACAACGACGCGUCGUCCUGCUACUCGGCCUGCAGCAGCAGCAGCAGCAACAGCAGCAGCGGCGGCGGCGGCGGCAGGAAGCAGAAGGACGUGGAGGUAAACUGGGGAGCCGGCGAUGCUAAAUUUAGCGCGGGUUGGCACCGAAGCGCGCCAGACCUGCUGGUGUGCGGCGCGCUGUCGGCAGUCGCUGAGGAGCUCGCCGACGGCAGGGACGGCAGCCACCCGGGGUGGAGCACGGGCGCGCACGGGUACGGCUUGGCGCCGCUGGACGGGCCCACCAUGGCCAGCACGCCGGACCUCAACAAGCCCGCCCUCAUCAAGACCGACAAGGGCCUGGGCAACGCGCUCAGCGCCAGCCAGGGCAAGGGCGUGCACUUCUGCGACGUGGUGGCCGAGGUGUCCUGGAGGGACUCGUACAGCGACGUGGACGACGACGACGACGACGACGUUGACGAGACGGACGGCGCCGACCACGAUGAGGACGGCGAUGAAGACGACCACGAAGAGGAUCUCGAGGAGGAGGUGCAGGCCGUGGCGUACAAGCUGCAGGUCGGCACCGUGGCCGUGGAUAAGCCCGCUGCGCACGCUGCGCCCGCCGGCCGAGCCCCGCCCGCCGAGCCCCACUCCCCGCCCAGCUCGCCGCCCCGCGCUCCUCCGCGCGCCCCGCCCCGCUCCCCGCCGGCCCCGCCGCCUACAGCUGUCUCCCAGCCGGCUGCCCCUGCCCCUGCUCCGGCGCAGCCGCGCCAGCCGCGCUCAGUCACCAGCAUGGCCGCGCCGUUGACGCAGCCGGCGGCGUCGCCGUCGCCGUCGCCGCUCGCGAGCCCCACCGCGAGCCCCAAGAAGACCUCGCGCUUCGGGGACUUCUUCCAGCGCUUCUCGCUCCGCCGGCUGUCCGGGCGCCACCACGACCACGCCAGCAAGAAGCUGAGCCGGAGCGCGAGCGCGCCCAGCUCGCCGCCGCCCAGCCUCAACAAGGGCACCAACACGCACCUGCAGCACCUGCAGCAUGAGGACGUGCGCAUCAUCCCGCUGCACCCCACCGCCGAGGAGCUGGAGGCCGAGCGGCGGGAGGCGGAGCGGCGGACGGCCACCCUGGCCACCAAGCCGCCGCUGCCCCCCUCGGUGCCGCCGCGCGGACCGCGGGGGGUGGGCCGCGCCGCCCCCGGGCCCGCCCCCGGGCAUGCGCACGCCCCCCGGGACGUGACCGCCGCCGCCGCGGCCGCCGCGGUGACGGCCGCCGUGGCGUGGCGCAGCUCCAGUAGCAUGGCGGGCCUGCUGGAGACGGACCUGGACGCCGACCUGCCGGCGCCGGCGCCGGGCCCGCCCGCCGGCAAGGCGCGCUCCCUGCUGGACGUGAGCGGCUACGCCUCGGGCUUCGCCUCCGCCCCCCAGGGCGCCCGCGGCCCCCACGGCCCCCGCGUGCCCAGCCCCAGCGGCCUGCUCGACGCGCAGGACCCCGCCAGCCGAGCCAAGUCCAUGGAGUUCCUGCUGGACAGGCACAACCAGGAAGCCGUUAAGGUGAGUGACCUGGGCGAGCCACAGGUGGCGCCAGCGCGCCGUGCAGUGACAGUGACAGUGCUCGGGACGCGCGGGAUGGACUGUCAGUGCCUUUCGGUGUCGCCUGUCCCACACGGUGGUGCUCCACCCGCAGAGUGUGCCUCUUUGUCGGGCCAUGGUGCUUCUGUUAUCACUGUGUUCGUCAUCGCACGGGGUAUUUUUCCUUAUCAUACGUACCGUUUCCCCUCCACGGCACCACUGCUGCUGCUGCCAUCGUGCGCUCAUGUAUUGUGAAUAAUUCAUGACUUUCGAUUGCCUUUGUUGGACCUAUGCCCGUUAACGUGUGUCCGUGUGUGUGUAUGUGUGUGUGCGCGUGUGCAUCUGCGUUUCACCAUCGACAAAAAACAACACAUUCCUGUGGUAUUUCUGCUAGCCGCUGCCGGCUCGCGCCCGUGGCGGCCCCGCAUGACGACUCGCUCGCACCGCCACCCGCCUUCCC